AUGGCUUGGAGCGGCUCUGGCCAAGGUGGUGGCUCUGCGGCACCCUAUCAGCAGCCGCCCUACACCGGCACUCAACCGCCAUACCAGCAACCUGCGUAUGGACAAGCAGCCCAGCAGUAUUCUCAACCGCAGUAUAGCCAGCCAGCAUCCUAUGGUCAGCAACCUUAUCAACAGCCACCAUACCAAGGCCAGCCGGCAACGUCACCCCAGGCCGGAGCCCCAUCCGGAGCGCCGUCCGAGCGGCCUGCCAAGAAGAAAGGUAAUCCUGUAAUAACUCGCUAUCCACCACCCCCAGGCUAUCAAGGCCCCUACCAAGGCUCACAGCCCGGCUAUCAAGCCCCUCAAGGUGGAUAUCCGCAAGGUUAUCAGCAACCCAACUACCAGCAACCGGCCGCGCAAGGCUACCCCCAGCAAGCCGCUGGAUACCAAGCACCUGCCAAUUACCAACAGCCGGCAGCUUAUCAACAACCCCAGACCUACUCACAAGGGUACUCAGCGCAGGCGUAUACUCAACCCCAUGCAGCGUACCAAGCACCAGCACAGGGAUAUCAACAGCAUCAGUCUUACCAAGCUGCCUACCAAGGCUAUCAUCAGACUGGCGCACCUGCUGCAGCUCCCGCCGACCCAAACGCAGCUGCUUACCAACAAUCCGCUCAAGCUUGGCAGGCUCCUUACCAGCAACCUUAUCCCCCCAAUGCGAACGGCUACAGCUCUCAGCCACCUCACGACCCGAACGCAACACCGGUGCCAGCCUCGGUUCAGCCUGGUACUGAGAAGUCGAUUUCUAUUCAAUCGGAGAAUGCGAGUGUAGACCCCAAUGACCAGAAGCCAGAUCUAUACCUGGGAUGGGAUGAUUGGGAUUUCGACUUCGACGGCGCCAUCUGGCCGAAGGGAAACGAGCCCAUCGAUCCGAACUUGAGUCUGGGCGUUUUGAUAUGGCAUCCUCCUAAGCAAGUAACUCGUGCCCUAAAGUCGACCUUUGAUGAAGCGGAAGAAGAUGCCUUGAAACCACCUAAGCCCAAACUCGGCAACGGGGAAUCCUGCUCCAUUUACUUCGGGCUGCGGAAUUCGUACGAAGCCCGCCUGGAUGUCAGACAGACGGAUGACUGGGAACAUGUCUGUGAUGAUCCAGUAUUCACGAAAUUCCCAGUGGGUGAGACAGAGAUGAUUCGUAUCGAUGACGUUAUUCGCAAUCGUGAUCGCCCAGAUUGGGAACACCUUGACGAUGAACUCCGCUUUGGACGGGAUGAGGAUAGGAAAAAUUCGGACUGGAAUAUCAUGGACAAUCUCGAGCAGGCCUUAGAAUCUGGACAGACUUCUGCUGGCAAAUCAGCUCCUAGUGUCAAACCCGAGCGAGGCUUGAAUCGCUUGACUCAAGGUCAAGAAGACCUACUGUUGAAACUAGGCGUUACCGGAUCGCCGACGCCAGCUGACCCAGAUGUGCAAGUUGCCGUGUCGCUUGAUGCUCAAGAAGAACGUGUUCGGACGCCCAGUCACCCUCCACGAUCCUACGAAGAUAGGAGACCACCAUCUCGAUCCCAUUCAUAUGGUGGAUACCGGAAGAACAGCUACGGUCCACCAUCGCAGCAGCGCGCCUAUAGCUCGAUGUCCCACCCACGACCGCCACCGCCUCCGCGUUCCCCACCUUUUGGAUCUUGGAAGCGUCGUCAAUCGUACGAUAGGACGAACGGAAACGGUGCCUUUGAUGGCACUCAUGAGAGUCCCAAAUCUGACGGCAGCCAUCGCACUCUCGCUGGGUCUGAUUUCGGCGGAGACGACAACAACACCGUUGCUAAUGAUCCAGAGAUAGAUGCCAAACCGCAAGUAGGCAGCUUCGCUGAGCCUCGCUUGGACCGUACCGACAGCUCGACCUCACGCAAGCGAAGCUACGAUGAUGGUGAACCGGAGGAGAAGUUACGUCAACACGACGAUUUUACCCCUAGAUACAAGAGACGCCAACCCCAAGUCGCUGCAGCUUAUAGCCGCCGAUGA